GAGGAGGAAUGGCUCACAAACUACUUGAAAACAUUUGCAAACAUAUCGGAAGUGGUAUGGAUUGGACUCAAAUGGUCGGGAAAGGGGUUCGUAUGGGUCGACAACACUGCCCUCGACUACAAGAGUUGGGGAAAGGAUGCUAUACUCGAUGGCAGCCUAUUGUGCGGCGACUUUUCUAUAAGUCCCUUAACAAUGGGGAACUGGACCGACAAUAGUUGCAAUAAAAAGGGACUCAUAGCUUGCCAGUCGCCACAAAUGUCUCUGAAAACUGAACUGGCUACUAUAAAACAGCAAGUAAUACCACUGGGUUUUCUCUAUAGGCAAUUGCCAAACACAUCAGCGCCUGGACUAUUAUGGCCCGCCAUGAAAUGGGAUGACGUGACCGCACAAUAUGCCGGCUUAUUUUUCCGGGCCGAAGGCGGAACUGCUGCCACAUUUGAAUUGCCUGAGGGUUGGUCAGAGGAUUUAUCACCCGGGCGUGGUUAUUUAGAUUUCUAUUUACACACGACAACCGGCGAGAGUAGACCACGUUAUUACCACGAUGCCACACAACACGCUGUACGUAAAUACGGGCGUGUAUACGGCACCUACAGCCUACACAAUAAGGGUAUCACGAUAAACGAUCCAACAUUAAUCCGGGACAUUUUGGCUAAAGACUUCCACAUUUUUGCCGAUAAGCCAAUAUAUACAGGUGCAGCGAAAAUAUACAAGACCAUUGCUCUCAUUUCCGCUAAUGAUCAGUGGAGGCAUAUAAGGAGUAUAAUGUCCCCGGCGUUCAGCUCCGGGAGGUUAAAUGCCAUGAUGUCUCAUAUAUCGGACAUUUCCGAUAGGCUUGUGGAUAAUUUGGAAAAAUACAAAAAGUCUGAAACGUUCAAGUGGCAUUUUUAA